AGCUUGGAAGAUGUGCUUUGUGUGUGGGUGUGGGCGGGCGUGUGGCCCUUCGCUUUUCACCAGGGGUGACGACAGCAAGGACUUAACCCAGCUUCCUCGUUGAGAGUGACCGACCUCUGUUUUAGUUACUCAGAUGACACUGUUGCAGCUUCAGUUCGGACAGACUAUUUUGAGGACCCUUGCCUGCUCUCCGGAACCCCUUGCUGAGCCAAGUGGUGAAAAUGAAAGAUGAGUGAUUUUGAUGAAUGGAUUUCUGGGAAAUAUAGAAAAAUGGAAGAAGGUCCUCUUCCUCUGUUGACCUGUGCUACUGCUCCUUACUAUGACCAAAAGCCGGGAACUAGUGGAUUACGGAAGAAAACCUAUUGUUUUGAGGCGAAGCCAUGUUAUCUGGAGAAUUUCAUCCAGAGUCUGUUCUUUUCCAUAGACCUUAAAGAUCGCCAGGGAGCCUCACUGGUGGUUGGUGGAGAUGGGCGGUAUUUUAAUAAAUCGGCGAUAGAAACACUAGUGCAGAUGGCGGCUGCCAAUGGGAUUGGUCGCUUGGUCAUUGGGCAGAAUGGAAUCCUCUCUACCCCUGCUGUAUCCUGCAUCAUUAGAAAGAUCAAAGCCAUUGGUGGGAUCAUUUUGACAGCCAGCCACAACCCAGGAGGACCCAAUGGAGAUUUUGGAAUCAAAUUUAAUAUUUCCAAUGGAGGUCCUGCUCCAGAAGCGAUAACUGAUAAAAUCUUCCAAAUCAGCAAGACAAUUGAAGAAUACGCAAUUUGCCCUGACCUGAAAGUAGACCUUGGAGUUCUGGGAAAGCAGCAGUUUGACCUGGAAAACAAGUUCAAACCAUUCACUGUGGAAAUUGUGGAUUCAGUGGAAGCUUAUGCUACAAUGCUGAGGAACAUCUUUGAUUUCAAUGCACUGAAAGAACUGCUUUCUGGUCCAAACCGACUAAAGAUCCGUAUAGAUGCCAUGCAUGGAGUCGUGGGACCGUACGUGAAGAAGAUCCUCUGUGAAGAACUGGGUGCCCCUGCAAACUCAGCAGUUAACUGUGUUCCUCUGGAGGACUUCGGAGGCCACCACCCUGACCCCAACCUCACCUACGCCGCUGACCUGGUGGAGACCAUGAAAACAGGAGAGCACGACUUCGGGGCUGCCUUUGAUGGAGACGGGGAUCGAAACAUGAUUCUGGGCAAGCAUGGGUUCUUUGUGAACCCUUCAGACUCCGUGGCUGUCAUUGCUGCCAACAUCUUCAGCAUUCCGUAUUUCCAGCAAACCGGGGUCCGAGGCUUUGCCCGCAGCAUGCCCACGAGUGGGGCCCUGGACCGGGUGGCUCAUGCUACAAAGAUCGCUUUGUACGAGACCCCAACUGGCUGGAAGUUUUUCGGGAAUUUGAUGGAUGCAAGCAGACUGUCCCUUUGUGGGGAGGAGAGCUUCGGGACUGGUAAGUGCGUGGGCCCCGUGCUACCGUUUCCUUUCCUGUAAACACGACUUGCGGAA